UCAAUGUGUCCUCUGCUUCUCUGUAGUCCAAGUGAACCCCAGAGUCACACAAUUCAUUUCAGACUACAGGGAGAACUAUUUCUUUACAUUUGGUGGAUGAAUAUUGAGAGACGUGAGUGGUUGGGCAAAACUUCUUCCUUGUAAAUGAAUUACCCCGAAGAUCCAGAGGAACAGCUCUCGGAGGAUGAAAACGAAGAAGAAGAGGAGGGGGAGGAUGAAGGAAUAGAGAUAAUGGAUGAGGAGGAGGAGGAAGAAGGCGAGGCGGAGGAAAAUGAGGAGCCUAAGCUGGGUUGGGCUAACCUCCCGGACGUGUGUCUGCGGCAGGUGUUCUGGUGGCUGCGUGACCGUGACCGUGUCAAGGCGGCCCUGGUGUGUCUCCACUGGCACCACGUCAUGCGCUCGCCCUCUCUCUGGAGGGUUCGAACCUUCAACUUCUCCGGCCGCAUCUCUAGGACCCGCCGCUCGGAGCUGGAGACGGCCGUGUGUUACGCCAAGACCUACGGCGCUUACCUGGAGGAUCUGGAGAUCCGCUUCUCCCACCCCCUCAACUCUCUGGUGUCCCGGCGCUUCCAGCAGACACUGAGGACCUUCCUCGCCGCGUUGCGUAAAACCAGAGGCGGACUACGCCGCCUAACUGUCAACCACAUGGAGCUGGACCGCGCCGCCUGGUGCCGCAGCGUACGCAAGGCGCUGGUGCGCAGCCUCACCUUCUACCUGCGACGCGAGAGCUCCCGCCUGGGCUACUUGAGCCUGCGAGGGGCCCGCCUCAACCUGCCCCAGGGCCUGGAGGUGCUGGAGGCCGUGGCUGCAUCUCAGCAGCACGUCCACCUGGGCCGCCGGCCCGGCAUCACCCACCUCAACCUGGAGGACUUCUUCUCACAGCCGCUGGCCGUCUUCAUCAGCCCCGCCUUCCCCCAGGUCAUGAACCGCUUCCAGGGCCUCUGCACCCUGACCCUCAACUACAGCUGCCUGUCGGAUGAGCUGCUGGCGGCCUUGUCCGCGGCGUGUAGGAGCCUGGACGGGGGAGGGUCCCUGCAGACGUUCACCAUACGAUGCCAUAUCCACGAGCCCCACAUCCAGGUGGUCUGGGGGGAUGCCUGGUCCCAUCUGGCUCAGCGUUGUCCCGACCUCCGUGUGCAUAUCACAGUGGAGCGGAUCCUCGACAUGGACAAGCUGGGGAGGAUUCUGCUCAGAGAGAUCCCGCUGCGCUCGCUCAGUCUCACCAGUUGCUACUUCAGUGAACAGGACUGGAGUGUCAAGCCUGCCCUCACCAACCUAGUGCCCUGCUACAGGAGCUGUUUACAGAAACUGACCCUGGACCUGAACAACAGCCACGAGUCUGUGGACGAGGAGCUGCUGGAGGUGGUGCUGCUGUGCAGCCAGCUGAUCUACAUGAAGGUCUGGGCAUUCCUAGACAUCAGCUUCCUGGACCGGCUGCUGCAGAAACGCCUGGAAAAGAAGAUCAUCCUAAGGACCAUCAAGGUGCGGAUCUACAUCAACAAAUAUGAGACUCAGGACGAGGAUGAGCAGCUGGAGGAGGUGUACUCUCGCUACAGACAACUCAUCAACUCAGAGCUCCACUACUUUGCCAUCUCCUACCCCAUGCUCUGACUCCUGCCUGACAGACACGUGGGCCCAUAAA